AUGGCGGCCCGUCAACGUACUACGACCGCGGUGGUCGAGAAACCCCAGCAGAAGACCUCUGAGCCUGAGUUCCCUGAUAUCCAGACCAUCAGGGACGCCAUUCCUGCUCACUGCUUUGAGCCUUCUCUGUGGACUUCCUUCUACUAUGUCUUCCGCGACUACACCAUGGUCGCGACCCUCGUCUGGGCUGCUCUUACCUUCAUUCCCGGCAUCCAGGACCCCAUCCUCCGCGUCGCCGCCUGGAUGGUCUACGGCUUCCUCCAGGGACUUGUUUGCACCGGCAUCUGGAUCUUGGGUCACGAGUGCGGCCACGGAGCCUUCUCCAAGAGCACCAAGCUGAACGACUGCGUUGGCUGGGUUCUCCACUCUUUCCUCAUGGUCCCGUACUUCUCCUGGAAGUUCUCUCACCACCGCCACCACCGCUUCACCGGUCACAUGCAAAAGGACAUGGCCUUCGUUCCCGCCACCGAGCCCAAGCCCUCCAAGAAGCCCCUGUUCGGCGCCAUCGACCUCCACGAGCUUUUCGAGGACACUCCUGUCCUCCAGCUUCUCACCCUGAUCGGCCACCAGCUCUUCGGAUGGCAGUUGUACCUCUUCUUCAACUCCACUGCUGGCAAGGGCAGCAAGCAGCGCGAGGUCGGUCCUCUUGGACGCUGGUUCCACGUCAGCCACUUCGUCCCCACCAGUGCUGUCUUCCGUCCUAAUGAGGCUAUCUUUAUUGCCAUCUCUGACCUUGGUCUGGCAAUCACCCUCGGAGCCCUGUACAAGGCCGCUCAGGUCCUUGACGUCUCCACCGUCCUGUACCUCUACCUCGUCCCGUAUCUCUGGGUCCACCACUGGCUCGUUGCCAUCACUUACCUGCACCACAACCACCCUGAGGUCCCUCACUACACUGCGGAGGGCUGGACUUUCGUCAAGGGUGCCCUUGCCACCGUUGACCGCGAGUUUGGCUUCAUCGGCAAGCACCUCUUCCACGGCAUCAUCGAGAAGCACGUCGUUCACCACCUGUUCCCUCGUAUCCCCUUCUACAAGGCUGACGAGGCCACGGAGGCCAUCAAGCCCCUCCUCGGUGACCUGUACCACCACGAUGAGCGCAGCUUCUGGGGUCAGCUCUGGUCUGUCUUCGGCACUCUCAAGUACGUCGAGCACGACCCGACUUGCCCCGGUGCCAUGAGAUGGGCCAAAUAA